AUGAGACAUAGGGCUAAAUUGAUAAGGUUGAUACAUCGGAAGCCAGUUGAACCGGAGGCCGAGGUACCCGAGAAGAUAUUGCAGAAAAUGCACGUUAGUGCAAACAAUCACUCUCUUGUCAAUUCUCAUUCGAUGCAACGAGCCGCUUCUAUGCCACCGGCUGUUCCUAUUCCUUGGGAUCCCAGUGCGAUGGACGUCGAUAUCAAUGCUGUGGCAUCUCGACACCCUUUUCCACCUUUACCGACUGGUGUUUCUUUUAGAUCUUUUGUCAAAUUUUGUCACAAUCGAAAAUUGUGUCAUCGGUGCCUCAAAGCUUACAACUCCACUCAUAAGGGUCCUGACGGUAAAGGCAUCGGUUGUCCAAAUCUUCCACCUCGAACUACUCAAGAAAUCGAAUUGUUCAUGCAGAAGCAUCAAUCACAAGUUUCAACUCCUUCUAAUUCUCAAACCCCGGUAUUUGUUCAGAGGCCAUCAGAGCUACUGCUUGUCGUUCUUCAAUAG